UCCUCCUUACUCCAAGGCCCGGAGCUCUAUCCACUGCUCCACCUAGCUGCUCGGAAGCACAUCUUUUUAAAGCUCAACCUGAGCUUCCAGUGCACCACCCGAUACCCUGGGAAGAGCAGACGAAGACACAGCAGACCCCUCUGCUCCCCCUCCCCCAAAGUAGCAUCUAAGGACAAGGGAGGAAGCUGAUCUCCCCUCCUCACCCCAACUCUCCAUCACCAUUAGCGACGUGCCUGCCGUAAAGCACAGACCCGAAAGCCGCAAAGCGGCUUACUACAUUGAGGGUGGGGGUGGGGCUAGGACUGUCUGUCGUCCUUGUUUUUCGGCUUGUGGUGGGGCCUCCAGUUUCUCGGGUGUUCGAACAGCCUCGGUUCUAAGACGGAGUCCCUCCGCUUUCCCUUUGCCGCCAAACCCAUCCUGUCAUCCAGUUUGUGCCAGCAGGCCCGACCAGAGCGCGCAGCUUUCUUUGCCCCUUGCGCAUGCGCAUUGAAUCGGCUGUGGUUCCCAUCUCACUCUCGGAAGCACGUGCUCACGGGAGCCAACCCGGGGACUAGUCCCUGCGGUCCGCCACCAUCCCGGAGUGCACCGCGGCGGCGGACGGAGCGCAGUCGGCGGCCAUGUUGGGAUAGUUUGUUGUUUUCUUCCUGCGGAGGAGAAGGGGCCGGUGUGGACAACGAACCGCCCCGGCCUCUCCUCUCUCCUCCCCCUCCCACCCUGCCCCGGUCCUCGGGUCGUCCCUUCCCCACCUAUCACCCUCCCCUCGGCCUGGGAUCAGGCCUGUUCUCCCCGCCAGCUGGUUUGGUGGGGGCGAGGCCGAGAGCCGAGCUCGGGAGUCACCAUGGCGGCUUCCCUGGGUGCGGGCGGAGGAGCGGGAACCGGAGCCGGAGAUGAUGACUUUGAUCAGUUUGAUAAGCCUGGUGCAGAACGGUCUUGGAGAAGAAGAACUGGGGAUGAUGACUGGGACAGUGAACUUGAAGAUGAUUUGCUUGGAGAAGAUUUGCUGUCUGGCAAAAAGAAUCAGUCAGACUUGUCAGAUGAAGAACUGAAUGAUGAUCUUUUGCAGAGCGAUAAUGAAGAUGAACUAAAUUUCAGUUCUCAGGGUGUCACAAUUAGUCUUAACACUACAUCUGGCAUGGUUACAUCAUUUGAACUCUCCGACAAUACUAAUGAUCAAUCUGUAGAACAUGAAUCGGAAUAUGAACAAGGAGAGGAUGAAAUGAUUUAUCACAAAUCUGAUGGAUCUGAAUUGUAUCCUCAAGACUAUACUGAAGAAGAGCAGUAUGAAGGCCAUGAUGCUGAGUUGACAGAAGACCAAAUAGAAUAUGUUGAAGAACAGGGGGAGGAAGAAAUUGACAAUGAUGAAGUGCUAGACAUUGAAAUCAAUGAACCUCUAGAUGAAUUUCCAGGAGCUAUUGAAACUCUGGAACUCCAAAAGGAAAUUAAAGAGGAAUCUGACGAAGAGGAGGAAGAUGAUGAAGAAUCUGGACGACAGCGUUUCAAAACUGAACGGAAAGAAGGAACGGUCAUUAGGCUCUCAGAUGUACCUAGAGAGAGAAGAAACAUUCCAGAAACUUUGGAACUUUCAGCUGAAGCCAAAGCUGCGUUGCUUGAAUUUGAAGAAAGGGAACGGCAACAUAAACAGGGACGAUAUGGUUCCAGGCGAGGAGGAAGGAGAGGAGGUUCUCUAAUGUGCCGUGGAAUGGGAGAGCAGAGAAGAGAUAACAGUGAAAGAGGAAGAAUAAAAGAUCAUAGACCUGGUCUUCUACCUACACAGCCACCUGUAGUGACUCACUCACCGAGGUUAAUUCCACCACCUCAACAACAACCACAGCCACAACCACAACCUCCACCUCCACCACCUCCACCGCCACCUCCUCAACAGCAGCCUAUUAGAAGUCUAUUCCAGCAGCAACAGCUCCAGCCUCUGCUUCCCUUACAGCAUCCACACCAUCCUUCUCCUCCUCAAGGAAUGCAUAUGCCCCCCCAAAUGGAAACACCCAGGAUAAUGAUGACCCCCCCACCAGUCACCCCUCAACAACCGAAGAACAUACAUAUAAAUCCACAUUUCAAAGGAACAGUAGUAACCCCUGUGCAAGUGCCCUUGUUACCAGUACCCAGCCAGCCCAGACCUGCUGUAGGACCCCAGAGAUUCCCAGUUCCUCCAGAAUUUCCACAGCAUACUCCUGGGCCUGUUCCUACCAAUUUCAAUCAGCCCCCACGGCUUCCUCUCCAGGACCAAUGGAGAGCCCCACCACCUCCCCAGGACAGAGACCAUUUCUUCUUAGGAGUUUCAGGAGAACCAAGGUUCCCGAGCCAUCCUUUGUUUGAGCAACGAAGUCCCCCUCCACCGCCACCACCUCCCACGAUUCUUAAUAGUAGUCAUCCUGUUCCUACCCAGAAUCCCUUGCCUUUUACUCAGCCUGGACCAGCUUUUAAUCAACAGGGACAGCAACCAGUAUUUCCCAGAGAAAGGCCUGUAAGACCAAACAUUCAGCCUCCAGGUCCAGUGGGGAUUCUUCACUUCAACCAACCGGGCUCCGCAAAUACACGGCCUUUCAUUCCUCCCAGACAACCAUUCUUACCUGGCCCAGGACAGCCAUUUCUUCCAACACACACACAGCCUAAUAUGCAGGGACCCUUGCAUCCUCCAUUACCACCACCACAUCAACCCCAGCCUCAGCCUCAACAGCAGCAGCAGCCCCAACAUCAACAACAACAGCCCCAGCAUCAGCCACAACAUCAUCAGCAUCAGCCCCAACACCAGCCCCCGCUUCAGCCCCAACACCAACCUCCUCACCAACCUCCACAUCAGCCUCCACCCCAGCAUCAGCCUCCACACCAGCCCCAACAUCAACCCCAGCACCAACCUCAGCACCAACCACCACACCAGCCUCAGCACCAACCUCAGCAGCAUCAGCCUCAGCAUCAGCAUCACCAUCACCUUUCUGUCCCACCACCACCUCUGAUGCCCAUGUCUCAGCCACCAUUUAGGCCUCACAUGCAGACUUCUCAGCCCCAGCAAAAUAACAAUAGAAUGCAGUGCCCUCAGCGACAGGGUCCAAGACAUAAUGCAGCUUCACAGAAUGUUGUCAAGCGGCCAAUUCAGCAAAUGCAGCCAACUGCUCCAAGAAAUAGCAAUUUGCGUGAAUUACCAAUAGCACCAUCCCAUGUUAUAGAAAUGAGUAACAACCGUUGCUCUGCUACACCUGCAGCACAAGUGAAACCAAUUACAAGUACCCCACCCCCUUCAAGAUCUGUUGUAGGUGUCAGGGCCCCACAGGGAAAGACUGAAAUGAAAGUUAAACCAGUCAGCCCAGUGGUUCAAGCUAAAGUAGAAGUGAAAACAGAACCAGAGUUUCCUGAUGAAGAUGAAGAAACUAGGUUGUAUCGUUUAAAGAUAGAAGAACAGAAACGUUUAAGAGAAGAAAUCUUGAAACAAAAGGAACUACGACGGCAGCAGCAGGCUGGUGCUAGAAAGAGGGAAUUACUUGAAAGACUUGCACAGCAGCAACAGCAGCCUUAUACCCCACAGCCCCCAGUACAGCAGGAGGAACAAAUGUCACUCUCACCCACUAAUGGGAGUCCACUGCUACCUUAUCCUGGUGCACAAGUUAGACAAAAUGUAAAAAAUAGACUUCUUGUAAAAAAGCAAGACAUCACUAUUACAAAUGUUCAGCCCAAAACUUCAAAUUUUGUACAAGCUGGUGCUAAUUUGCAAUACCAAGGACAACCAAUGAAACCAAUGAAACAGUUGAGACAGAAUAGAACAGUACCUCAAACUCAGCCCCAGCCAUCUCACAAAGUACUUCAAGCAAAGCCUCCAGACACGGACGAAUUGCCAACCCCAACACAGACUACUAGAGUGGCAUCAGUACAAGGCCAGCCCCAGGAAAUGAAACCUGGAGUGAAAAGGACUGUCAUGCAGCGGGCAAACAGUGGUAGUGGAGAUGGGCCACAUGUCAGCUCCAAAGUCAGGGUGAUUAAGUUGUCAGGAGGGGGGGGAGAGAAUGUUGGCUUUUUUCACCCAGAGGGUCAGCCCCAACGACUUCCUCAGUCUCCAGAACUAAGACAGCAUCCUGUUCGGAAAGUCACACUGACAAAGGGAACAACACUUCACCAGCAACAGCAGUCUCCAGUUGCAGCUCACAUACACUCAACUGUUCCUCCAGGAGUUAAAAACAUCCAAGGAAUUCACUCAGCAAAGAAGGUCAUUAUGCAUGGGAGAGGCAGAGGAGUAGCAGGCCAGAUGGGCCGGGGACGCUUGAUGCCAAAUAAACAGAACCUGCGCGUGGUGGAGUGCAAACCUCAGCCCUGUAUUGUGUCAGUUGAAGGGCUUUCUUCAUCAACUACUGAUGUCCAACUGAAAAACCUGCUGAUGUCAGUAGGACCCAUUCAGAGUUUACAGAUGCUUCCCCAGCAGCGGAAAGCCAUCGCGAAGUUUAAGGAGCCAGCCCACGCUUUAGCAUUUCAGCAGAAGUUCCACAGGCAUAUGAUAGAUUUGUCCCACAUAAAUGUGGCACUGAUUGUUGAAUGAUUUCCACUAAGAAUAACCGACCCUUAUGCUAUAGAAACUACUGUGGAAUUUUCCCAAGGAGAGGCGAUGGGAGCAGAGUCACAUCAGGAGCCUGCGACCUUGCUUCACUGUGGUCUGGAGCUGCCAAACGCAUGAUGGAUACCAAGAAGGCCGAAUUUAGAGGACCCAGAAGCAAUAGGAGUUUGGCAUCCACUUGCUCCCUAUCCUGUUGUAGCCACAAGGAACUAUAGUUUUGGUUUUUUUUGUUUUGUUUUUGUUUUGUUUUUUUCAAGUGCUUAUGAUGCAUGUAGACUUUGUUCUUCAAAAUCUGACUGUGCGAUCACAGUGACUUGGAUUGAGGAAAGAACAUUAACAUGUCCCCCAUCUUAAAAGAUUUUUUUUUACUAGCAAAGAAUAUUUGAUAAUGGUUGCUCUUAUCUUCAGUGUAGGCUAGAAAAUAAUUCAUAAUUCCUUAGAAAGACCUCAGAAGGUGUAUGCCAAACAUAGAUCAAAAAAUUUGGGGAUCCAUCUGGUAUUUAUGUAGCCUAAAGAGCUCAGAGAUAAGGGGUAUUGGGUCGGGAGUUGUACCAAUGGAAGAGACAGGUUCUCAUUCUCAUAAGUCAAAUCCUGGCCUCACAUUCUCUUGGUUCCGAGCUGAAACCUUCCCUCUGUACCUCCCUUCACCUCCACUUUCCCCCAUUUCUCAUUUCCAGAGUUAUAUAGGCAUAACUUUGAUUUUCCCAUUGGCUUAAAAAGAAUCAUUUUAAAACUUCAUUUGCAGGCCUGUAAACUGAUGCACUACUAGUAUGUGCCACUUCUUUCCUAAGAUUGAACACGUUGGGGGAAUAUACUGGCGAUCGCCAUUCUGAUCAUCAGCAUAUCUUUUUGGGAAGGCCUUGGUGUGCCCUGCCAUUUGGUAAAUUUAACAGCAAUGACAACUUUGAUGUAAAGUGUAAUUCCACAAAAGAGAUACUAAUAUUGUUGUAGGCAGAACCAACAUAACCCAAACUGUGGGUCCCCCCGCUCAGAUUGCUUUUACUAAGUAAAUUUUGGCCUGUUUCCUUUUGAUGAGAGCUUUACCCUUUCCAAAGGAGCAAGCUCUGUUAAGGUUAAUUCUGGGCAGACCUUAAGAAAGUGCCUUAGUUCCAUCUUUGCUCCCAUAUUUUGUGAAGGAUACUUAUCAUUUGGGAUAGAUAUUACAGUGGGACCCUCAACUAUUAGAGUAGAGAGCGUUGGGGCAUCCUUGGACUUCUGAAUUAGUUUUUGUACUGAAAGCUCCCUGAUCACGUUGAUAGGCCUGUCACAUGAGAGAAGUGGAAAGAAACUCAGUGUACUUUGAUGUGUUCACUAGCUAUCUGGCAAAAGGGUCACACUGUAGAGUCCCUCAAACAUGAGUGGUCCUUUAUGCCUUGUAUCCAAAGUUCAGACAGCCUUUGUCAUCUGUUUUCUCACAGUGUAGAUUUUGUAUUACCUUUCAAAUUAAGUUACCCCCCAAAAAAAUUUUUUUUAAGGCUAAAUCCUGAAAUUAUGGUAUUUCAGACCUUGAUGAAUCUUUCAAUAAGGUUGAUUCUGAAAGAACGUCAUGUCGUGUUUGAGACUGGAAAGUGGUCUUAAGUUUUCUUUUUUUAAUGACUGCAUGUCCAAAAAUUUGUAUCUCGGCAUGGGGACUCACUAACCCAGAUAGGAACAUAUCUCCAUCAAAAGGGAAUUUAGUAUAUAGCUCUCUGCCUCCACAACCAAUAUGGGUCCCAUUUGGUUUGGUCGACCACCUCCACUCCCAAUCCUAGCACUGGCAGGGGUCAUUAAGCUUGCUGCUUUCACUAUACCUUUCUGUGUGAAAGACCAUAUACAUGGCUUUAUUCUACCUGAGGAAGGCUGUCAGCUUUCAUCUCAGGCACAAUCUUCCUCUGAAUGGAUGCUCAUGCUCAUACUAAAGAGAGCCCUAGCCCAUUAGUCUCAUCCCAGAGAGCUACAUUAAAAGGAGCAUGUUGAUCGCAGGCAUCAUUUUAGGUAGGAGUAACCUGAGAGCUUCCAGUCCACUCACCCUAAGCAAUGGGUUAGCUUAUAUCUUAGUGAGCUUUAUUUUAAUGGAAACUAGAGGCUGAACUUUGAGAAACUUGGUGAUCCCCUUGGGGGGACAAUUUGAUCAGUUUUAAUGUUUCCUGAAAGUUGAAAAAAAAUUUUUUUUCUUUCCAAUUUAGCUUUGAAAUAAAAAAAUCUGGACAUUGUCUCCUCAAGUUAGUAAGUAGCUUAUAAGCCAGUUUUUUUCUAGUCAUCAUUGAAAAGAAAACUUAAUAGGAAACACACCGACAGAUUUUGUAGUUGGUUUCAAGUUCACUUUUUGCAUUAUUUGGGUAUUUUAGGUGGGGGCUAUCUUGUAUGUGCUGGUGAUCAUGCACAUAACCAUAAAUAAGUUAUUUCUUAAAUAUUUUGUUCCCCCAAAACGACAUGAUUGAUAGACUAAAUCUGGGUGUUCAUUGAAAUACUUGUCAGUAUCACUACCCAAGUGCAGAUAAGUUCUCCUGGCGUAAAGUAACUUGAACAACAGAAUCGAGGUUUAAUUCCUGGUUAUGAUUUCUCCCCACCAAGGAAAGGAGAAGGGAAGCCGAAUUAGUAAGAGAUGUCAGUUUUCAUUCUUGGAGCCCAUCUAUAGCAGUUUACAUCAGCUCCCUUAAAGCUUAACCCUCUUGGAAGAUCUGUGGCAACCAUUAUCUUUGUUCUUUCUUUAUCAUGCAUUUAAAGGGAGAUGCAGAAUGCAAGCUGUUGCAUCUAAUUGUACUCUGUAAAUAUGGACCUUUUAAAAUUAAAAUGUUAUUCAAGAUGGAUAUUAUUCAGCACCCUAUUAGCUAUUUGUUAGUUUUUUGUGUUGUCAUAUCAAAAGUUGAAUGGAUGCCGUUCCAUAAAUGUGGAUGUGUUUUUUGUGUGUAUCUUCGAUUUUUAUAAAGACGGUAGUAAGUCAAUACUUUUAUCCUGACCUGUGUAUUAUUUGUUCACAAAAUCCAGAGCUUAAAACUAACUAGGAAUUAAUACCAGUAUAUCUCAUUUGGUCAAUACACGAGGUGAUUAUGUGGAGCCAGUCCCCCACUCCUCUUUUCUUUUGGCAUUGCUUUGUUUUUUGGUCCUGUGCUGUUCCUUACCUCUAAUAAGCAAACCUGUCCAGUAGCAUUGGUUUGGCCAUGUGCUUUGGGAAAUUCUUAGGUUUGUCUUCCUUUGGGGGUUGGGGAGGGGAGGGAGCACUCUUUUUUUCUCAAAGAAACUUUGAAGGGUUUUCCCCUUGGGGCACAAGCCAUUUAUGAAAUUCAUAGGUAACUGGCUUUUAUUGGGUUAAACCACUUAUGGGCAUGAGAGCUGGGGGAGGGUUGUUUGUGUUAUGUUGUUUUUCAUUUUUUUUGUGACGCUCAGAUGGAAAGUCAUUUCAUUCUGCUUUUCUCACAAUUCUGAGUUGAGACACAAUAGGUUAUCCUAGUUGGUCAUGGGGCUACAAAAAAAAAUUUUUUUAAGACAUUCCGUCUUCAUCAUGAGAACAGAAAGGGUUAGUAUUUAAGGCAUUGGGUAAGGUUCAUAGUGAGGGGAUAGGGAUCAGGAGAAAGAAAUUUUGCAAAACUAUGGAAUCUUAAAUGAGGUAUUUAGAAUAAAAGGGCUUUUAAAAGUCAUACUAGAAGACAGGGUCCUAAUUAGCACCCAAGGAUGACAACUCUAUAUGGACUAGUAUUGUAAGGUAACAAACAGAAAUGGAAUGAGAGCACUCUGUCCCACAAUUAGACUUUACCAUGUAGAGGGCCAGAGGGUUCCAGCUGAUUGACUGGACCCCCCCACUUCCGUGUCUCUAACAGAAUUAUGUAAUGAAGUCCUUAUACUUUGGGCCCAGGUUGGAUUAUACACAGACUUUCCAGCCCAGGGCUGUUCUGUUUCUCCGAAGGGCUGUCUUACAAGGGUUGGGUUUCUGAGUUUGUUUUCCAUAUCACUUUGGUGUGUUUUGUUUUGUUUUUUGUUGUUGUCCUUCAUUUGUUUGUUUGUUUGUUUUGUUGAAUUGGAAGGUAAGCUCACCAUGUUCACUAAUGCUUUGGCAUUUGUCAUUUGAUGGCACUGGGGGGAAACAAAGCUGCAUUUUUUUUUCUGCCUGAAGCACUUUCUUUUCUAUGCUUUUGAGUAUAUUAGAAACCUCAUUAGUUUAUUUGUGGCUAGUUUUCUGACCUCAUACUUCACCCUUACCCAUCCCCAUCCCCAUCCCCCACUCCACGAAGUUCCACUACAUGUUAAUAAGAAAUAAGUCCAACAGAGCUUUGUGUAUUAAAAGUGACAAGUAAGUGGCUUAAUUUUUGAUCCUUGAUAGCUCCUCCACAGUAGUUUUUGUAUUAUCUUCUCCAGUAGCCUAGUGUUUCUUUUCUGUGCUUUUUCUGUUUAGAGGUUUCAGUUCUAGCUUCAAAUACUUUGAGACUAAAUUCUUGCUUUUAUUCAUCAAAGCACAAUUUUUUCUUUUUUUUUUUCUUGCAAUAAAAUACCUGAGGGUGUUUUUGGUGCUUAAAAAAAAAACCAACAACAACCCAAAAAGAACCCUCCGAGUGAGAUAAUGCAAAAGAACCUCUGGGGGUGGGAGAAUGGCAUAAGGAAGGGGAAAUGGGACCAGAGAUACUAUAUAGGGACAGGACACUAAUCAAAUUGCAACUAGUACAAGUUGAUUUUUGUGGAAAACUGUCCAAUGUGAUCUCUCAACUCUUCCCCCACCCCACCUUUUUUUUUUAAUGUGAAUGAAAUGUUAUCUUGAACAUUCUUUAAUAUGGAUUCGCCAAAGGUAUCUAACCUUAAUUUAGUAUUAAAUCCUAAGGAUUUUCUGUAAGGUAUUUUGUGACCUAUUUAAUUUUUAAUCUUAAAAAUAAUUACCACAUAUUAGCCACAUAAGCCCAUGGUAUUGUGUGAAAACAAAACAAAAACACCGAUUCAUAUUGGAUCCUCAUGUAUACCACCUUCUUAGGGUAUAAUAUGGUUGGGAAGGAUCAUUUGUUUCACUCUGCUUUUUUGUAGAGAAAAUGUUAAGGUACCUACUCUCCAUUUCUUGUUUUGGGUGGGGAGUAUUUUAUGCUUUUGAGCAUAGGAGGAGGGACACUAGCUGCCCUCCAGAGCUUUCCUUUCACAUCUAACCAAAUUAAAUGGAAAGGGGCAACUGAAUCAUUUUGGUUUGGUUUGAUGAUAUUCAUUUUGCCAAGUUGUGUAAGAGUAUAAAGUGACAUUUGGAAAAUGUGAUAGGCGCGCUUAAAUUCAGCACCCCAUGAGGGGAUGAUGUUUUCAUCAUGUUUUCAUAUUGAAUAUGUUCUAUAAGCAGACCUGUUUAUAUAGUCAUUUAAUAAGACUUUUUUAAAAACUAGUUUUGAUUUUUUUUUUAAUUCUAGGAUAUAUUCCUGUGAUCUGAUUUCACUUUCCUUACAUAAUUUGUUCAGGAAGAUAGUUCACUCUAAUAAUUUCUUAAGUAUAUAUAUGUAUAUACAUAUAAUUCAGUUUGGGGAUAGGGAUAAUUGAUGUUUAGGGGGUUUAUUUGUUUUGUUUUUUUAGAUGAAAUAAAAUAGCAACUUUAACAUUAAUAAUUCAGCUUUGCUUUUCACAGGUGGGGAUCCAGAAUUUUUAAUUUUUUUCCCCCUUUGAGGAUUUUUACUUCUAGAGUUGUAACUCCCCUACUUCAUUUGCAGGUGCAACAAAGAAAACGCAAGAAUUCUGACUUAUUCCCACUUCUUUUUACGUUUUUCCAUUCUGGGCUUUUCUGUAAUCAUUCUUGCUACAUCACUAACAUCCGUUGGGUUAGCUGGGCAAGUUGUCUUCUCCCUCAUGCUGCUUCUUUUUCCACCUGGCAUCUUCCCACUUUCUUUGCUGAAACUGGCCAGUCAUUUCACUCUGCUACCUCUCGUUCCAUUCCGAAACUCCCUUUUGGAUUUUGGCUCUUUUCCCUAUCAUUGGGCCUCCCUUCUAUCUUUCUUCCCACCUUAUAUCUACCUCAUCUGCCUAUUUCACAUUCACCCUGCAUUCUUCCUUUUUUUUUCAGUUACAAAUAAUUUUUCUCUACCAUCCCUGUAUUUUCUACCCUUUAUUUGAACAAAAAUUAUGCUUUUAAUUUUAAUGUGCACUAUGUGUUUUCAUCUAAACCUAUUGCUUUGACAGGUUUCUGCUCUUAAUUGAUUUCUCUAGGUCACCGAGUAGAGGGAGUAACAUUUUAAUUCUCUUAUUUUGCAGUUUUACCUUUUCUCUAUAGGGUUGUGCAUUGGUCCUUUAGCAAGGACCUUGUUGUCUGAGGUAUAACGAUGAAGAUAUAAUUACUCACCCAUUUUCUUUGUUUUUAUUUCCUCUCCUUUUGUAGGAGCUCUGGUUCUUGUUGAGUUCAGGAUAGGAUUAGUGCGCCAUAUUGUUGCCACUGGAUGUGAUGGCUUAUUUGACCUCACUCUAUUACUUUCACUGACUGUGAUCCUUCCUAACCUGUAAUGUCUGUACAGUGUACAUGCUGUAUUUGGGUAGAUGGGAACAUUUACGUCAGAGGUACCCUUCUGUUAUGGACUGUGAAGCUUGUGUUUUGGGGAGGGCGUGCAUUGAAAGUUUACAAAUAAAGAGACAAGUUUGUCAUGACCCUGACUUUUCUCUGGGUUCCUCCAUUUUGUACUUUCUCCCAAAUAAAGCCUACAGAAAUAAAUUAUGUCUUCCUUUGAGAAAAAUAAUGCUUCCUUGUUAAACUAUGUUCUCCACCCUGCAUUAGCCGUUGUACCAACUCUGUCAAGUAAUACAUGUAAAAAGUAACACAGUGGCAGAAUUGAUAAUGUACAAUUAUGUAUCAUUUGUGAUUUCAUAAUGGAAAAUGUUUGUAUGUAUUGAAAUAUGUUGUAACUUGAUGGGCAUGUAAAUAAAAUGUUCAUUUUCCACUUUGAAAAUUUUA